AUGGAUCAUAUACCGUCGUUGCCCAAGUCCAUCAAGGGGAACACCGAACUGCUCAUUUGGGUCGACCUUUUCUCGGGAUAUGUGGUUGCAAAGGCUAGCUCCUCUCGGACGGCACAAACAAUAGCGGAGAAUUACGAAGAAUGUGUGUUUCGACGCUUCGGAGCUAGCGAGGCUAUCAGGCACGAUAGAGAACCGGAAUUUAUGUCCGACUUCUUUCGAGCCUUCAGUCGGAUCGUAGGACAAAAACAGCGUGCUACUAUGGCUUACAGGCCACAAGCAAAUGGAACAGCCGAACGAAUGGUGCAAACCCUGACACAUUCGCUCAAGAUGUACGUGGCUGAAGUUGACCAGCGAGACUGGGAUGAGUAUGCUGAGCGGCUCACAUUUGCCAUUAACACUGCACAAGAUCGGAUCCGGGGGGAUACCCCGUUUUAUCUGAUUCAUGGGUGGGACCCGCGAUCGACUUUGGAGGCUACGCUACCAGUGGGGAAUACGGGGACACGAGAUCGCGAUCCAAAGAGGUGGAGAUACAAAAUCCAAAGACAAUACCAGCGAGCCCGAUCUGCAGUGAACGAUCGUUUACAAGCCGCGAUCCAGGAGCGAGCAGAUCGACACAACGAAGAUCUGGAACCACACGAGAUCGAAGUAGGAGCGCAAGUUUGGCUAUACCUGGACCGAGUUAAAGAGGGAUAUGCGAAGAAGCUAGCGCACAUGUGGCAUGGGCCAUUCCGAGUUGCGGACGUAAAGACGUUCCCUGAACGCCCGAAGGAUCAGCUUACGAUAGAGGAAUCAGAUCGCUUGGAUUUCGAUGAAGCUCUGCUGCCAGAAGACAGUUGGGAUGGCGAUCUUGAAGAAGGGGAAUACGAAGUAGAGGCAAUAUUGGACGUGCGAUCUGGUAGAAAAACCCGUUAUGGGCGAGUACACCGGCAGUUUCUGGUGAAGUGGAAAGGAUAUCCCGAUCUAAGUUGGGUGGACGAGGCCGAUCUAAGUUGUGGGGCGAUCUUGCAAGAGUUUGAGCGGAACCGAGUGAGUCGAAACCGUUUCGACGUAAUGCAGUCUCAUGAAGGCAAGUCGGACGAACCUUAA